AUGGCCGGCUACGAGCGACCCAUGAGCUUCUCCCAGAGGAGAGGUAGCCUCCUCAGCGACGAGCUCGCCCUCAACACCAACAACUCGGCCAUGAGCCAGCGCUUGGAGAAGCUGCCCCAGCAGCGCCAACUGCGGGGGCCCCCAACCCCAAGCAUGCCCACGCCUGCCGCCGACUACGACCAGCAGCUGACGGGUUCUCCGCCGCCGCCCCCCACGCCCGCCGCUUCCCCCGGUCCUGCACAUUGCCAGCCCGACUGGAGCGACGCCGCCGACGACGAAGACUUCUUCCUUUCCAAGGUCCGCCAGCACUUUAAGGGCUGCUCGGGGCCGCAGCGGACACGGAUAUUAGCAGACCUCCUCAACCUCUGCACCAGCCCGCAGCUGAGUUUCGUCCAUCAAUUUGUCAGCCCGCUCUUGAAGAAGGAUCCCUUUACUAGCUUGCCCGACGAGCUAUGCCUGAGGAUUUUGUCCUUUGUCGACGACCCCAAAGUCCUGGCUCGCGCGUCACAGGUCUCCAAGCGGUGGCGGGAUCUCCUUGGCGACGACAUGACAUGGAAGAACCUCUGCGUCAAGCACGACUACGGCCGUCGGCUAUCAGAAGUCAACUCACUAUCGCCUAUCCUGAUGAAAUCUAACGCCUUGACUCCCUGCAACAUGGACACGGAGAUGACGAGGCCGAAGCUGCGAACCUACAAGUCUCACUUCAAGCAACGCUAUCUGGUGGAGGCGGCAUGGCGCUCGCGCGGAACUAGCGUGCACAGAAACAUCACGCAAGAGGGCGGCGUCGUCACCAGCCUGCAUCUAACUCCCAAGUACAUCAUCGUGGCCCUGGAUAACGCCAAGAUCCACGUCUUCGACACCGAGGGCGACUCCCAGCGCAUCCUCCAAGGCCACGUGAUGGGGGUCUGGGCCAUGGUCCCGUGGGAAGACACCAUGGUCAGCGGCGGCUGUGACCGCGACGUGCGUGUGUGGGAUCUCAAGACGGGAGCCUGUUUGCAUACCCUCCGCGGGCACACCUCGACGGUCCGAUGCCUCAAAAUGGCAGAUGCAAACACCGCCAUCUCCGGAUCGCGAGACACCACCCUCCGAAUCUGGGACAUCCGAACGGGACUCUGCAGAAACGUGCUCGUCGGGCACCAGUCAAGUGUUCGAUGCCUGGAGAUCAAGGGGGACAUUGUCGUUUCCGGGAGCUACGACACCUUUGCUCGGGUAUGGAGCAUCUCGGAGGGUCGCUGUCUGCAGACAUUGCAAGGCCAUUUCAGCCAGAUCUACGCCAUCGCCUUCGACGGCAAAAGAGUGGUAACGGGCAGCUUGGAUACGAAUGUGCGGGUGUGGGAUCCUACGACUGGGGAGUGCCUGGCCAUUCUCCAGGGCCACACGUCCCUCGUCGGUCAGUUGCAGAUGCGGGGAGACACUCUGGUGACUGGAGGAUCCGACGGGUCUGUCCGAGUCUGGUCGCUGGAGAGGAUGUGCCCGAUUCACCGGCUUGCCGCUCAUGACAACAGUGUCACCAGCCUGCAGUUUGACGAUACUCGUGUCGUCAGCGGCGGUAGCGACGGUCGGGUCAAGAUUUGGGAUUUGAAGACUGGGCACCUCGUGCGCGAGCUGAUUGCCCAGGGCGAGGCGGUGUGGCGAGUGGCGUUUGAAGAGGAAAAGUGCGUCGCGCUGGCUCUGAGACACGGUCGGACCGUGAUGGAGGUCUGGUCUUUUUCUCCGCCAGAAGAAAAGCAGUAUGAGCGCCCACUCUCGCUUCAGCAGCGCGUCCUCGAAGAUGAUCCCGAACGACCGUCGAGCGCCAGGCUGGAAUAUCGGGCAGGCAAGGCACCAUUCGCCUGCCCCAGCCAAGACACGGCAGCGCAAGACGUCGACAUGCAGGAUGCCGGCCCCUCGACGGCUCCGUUGCAGGGCGGCAACAAGACAUUCUUCCUUCCAUGA